AUGGCCCUUUUGGUGAAAAUAAAGGGAAAUGUUAAAAGUACUUUUUGGACAUUGAAGAUGUCGACUUUAGGACCAAAUCGUCAUAUCCUAUAGUUGUACAUAUGAUGAAAGAGAAUGAUUGAGACGAAGAAUAAAAGAAUAGAGAGGGGUCAAAUCCAUUGAUUUCUCCAAUGGACAUAACAGCUGGCAUUAACAGAAGAAGUGGGUGCUCGGACACAAACUGCUACGUGAGCCCCUCUCCAACUCCUCUCUUCGCCUUCUCUCUGUAUUUGGCUGUAAAAGGAAGGAAAAGGAAAAAGAAAAAGAAAAAGACAAUUUGUAAAUAGAAAAUUCAACAGCUUCUUUCAAAUUGUUUUCUAAAAUUUGAUGGAUUCUGCUUUCUUCCAGGACCGGGUCUCUUGGCUUUAGUUUACCAAAAUUAAAGACAAAAAAUGGAGGAGAAAAUAUUUGAAACAAACGUCUUCUUUACUCUUUCUUUCUUUCUUUCUUUUUUUAUUAUGUGUCUUAAUCAUUGUUCUCUUUUCCGAAAAUUUUCCUUUGCACGUCGGAUCCUUCUUCUCACUCAUUCAAAUCAAUUGCAAUCUCACUAACCGAACAGAAGACACAAAAUUUAAUGAGAGAUUGUUUCUUGGCAGUCAUUGCUGCAAGAUCAGGAGAGAAACCCUGAUCCAUCCGGGGGUCUACCAGUAGCAAUCUCUCCCUAUUUCUCCCUUCUUUUUCUUUUUCCUCUCUUGUGGGAUAUGGGACUUCUUGAAUUUUGAUUUCAUGUCGUUGCACUUUCUUUGUCUUUAUUUUCUUUCCGGCCCGAGACUUUCCAGGAAAAUUCCCAUGCACCGUAUUUGACAUUCAUCCCCCCACAUAUACCCUUCUUCCCCAAGCUUUCAUUCUAUCUUUUCCACUAUAAAUCCGAAACGAUUGGGCCAAACGGCCUAGGAAAAUUUUAAAUUAAUUUCGCAAAAUGGAUGAGUCGCCGGAGAAAAGAUCUGGUUGUGGCCUGUUAAGUGCAGUCCGCCGGAAUAUAUGGCCCAGAAGGACCACUUCUACGGGCUCGCUUCAUAUUUCCAAUGCCGACAACCUCGCCAGAUUGCCGAGCACGCCCAACUCGAAGAGGCGGCGAGGCGGCUCCGACGAUAUCUCCUAUCUCGACUCGUCGAGCGUUUCAUCGGAGCCGUCGUCGCAGAAGCAGGUCGACAGAAUCAUUGCCAGGCCUGGACCGAACCACGGCAAGCCGCCUUCGCAUUAUCAAAAUCAUCAACAGCCCGUGCAGAAUCACAACCAAGGAAGAAGAGCUACGGAUGGCACGAAUAUGGCAAAAACCGGGCCGAACCAGGGUCAUGGCCAAGGGAUGAAAAUUCCACAGGGCACCACCAUCUCCGGCGAGCUUGAGAGCAUGAUAAUCGAUCACCAGAGGUCUAAGGGAGCCAGUUCCCUGGUCCGAGCUUCCUCCGGCAACGUCAUGCUAUGUGGCCAUUUGGGUAACUUGAGGCAACCGGGCGCGGGCACCGGCGUUGGCGUUGGGAAUUCGACUGCAAACAGAGCUCCAAAAGAGGAGCCCUCCGUGCCAAAUGGCAGGUACCCGAAUUCUGUGAUGGGGAACAUAGUGAAGAAACAGAAUGAAGAGGCCGAUAAGUCGACUUCCCUGUGCCGAGCUCUCUCGACCAGGAUGGAUCCCGAGGAGCUGAAGAUUCUGGGCAAUGAAGAUUACAAGAACGGAAGGUUUGCAGAAGCCCUAGCUUUGUAUGAUGCAGCCAUCUCCAUCGACCCGAAUAAGGCUUCAUACCGGAGUAACAAAAGCGCGGCGCUGACCGCUCUCGGGAGGCUUCUUGAGGCCGUUUUGGAGUGCAGAGAAGCCAUUCGGAUUGAACCAAAUUAUCAAAGAGCUCAUAAUCGUUUGGCAACACUAUAUCUCAGAUUAGGAGAAGCAGAAAAGGCCAUUUAUCAUUUCAAACAUGCUGGGGUUGAAAGUGAUCCUGAUGUAGUGACUAAAGCCAAAACUCUUCAGCUGCAUCUGAACAAAUGUACAGAGGCCAAGAAACAGCGAGACUGGAACGCAUUGCUGAAAGAAUGUGGGCUGGCUAUAUCGGCCGGUGCUGAUUCUGCACCGCAGAUUUUCGCUCUCCAAGCCGAGGCGUUGCUGAAGCUCCACAGGCACCAAGAUGCCGAUGAAGCAAUGGCAAAGGGGCCGAAUUUCGACGUCGAUGAUUGCACUAAAUUCUUUGGCCCCAUCGGCAACGCUGGUAUAUUACUGAUACGGGCUCAGGUCGACAUGGUCGCCGGCAGAUUCGAGGACGCAGUAGUGGCGGCUCAACGGGCGGCUCGGCUGGACGGCAACAGCAAGGAGGCGAGCCUGGUGGUGAGGAGGACGCGGGCGGUGGCGACGGCUCGAUCGAACGGCAACGAGCUCUUCAGGGCACAGAGAUACUCGGAGGCAUGCGUAGCGUAUGGAGAGGGGCUGGACCAUGAUCCCUUCAACCCCAUCUUGCUCUGCAACCGAGCCGCUUGCCGCUCCAAACUCACCCAGUUCGAGAGAGCCAUUGAAGACUGCAACUCCGCCCUUAGUGUCCGCCCCGCCUACAGGAAAGCCAGAUUAAGACGAGCUGAUUGCUACGCCCAGUUGGGAAAAUGGGAAGCGUGCAUACAAGAUUACGAGGUGAUGAUUAGGGAGACGCCCGAAGACGAGGAGGUGGGCAGGAACUUGAAGGAUGCUCGGGAACAGCUCAAGAAACAGCGUGGCCAAGACCAAUUUGGUGCUGUAAAUUAAAAGCCAAAAAAAAAAAAAGAAAAACACAUAAGCUCGCCAAGGAA